UAAUAUGUUACUUCCUAAUUCAACUAUUGUGUGAGACUCGUCUCUUUUCUCACUCUCGCUGUUAUGGAGUUGUUCAUCUUCAUUGCUUUUCAGCUUCUAAUAGAGGUUCAGUCUUACAAAUCUCCUGCUGUAAAAGUAUCUCCAGAUGUGCUAAGAGAGUCCAGAUCAGUGAAGAUGACCUGUGAGACGCCAGCAGAUGUUACAGUGAAACAGUGUCAUUUCUACAGAAACAGUGAACAGAAGAAUAUUAAAGUCAGUCCAUCAUGUGAACUGGAGCUCACUGGUGUUGAAGUGCUCAGAUGGGCAGAUGUAAAAUCACCAGCAUCAGUCGACAUUUACUGCUUCUACAUAAUAACUGAGAACAAGAUUGAUAAACCAUCAUCUCAUUCUCCUGCGGCCACAGUGACGGUUCUAGGUUCACUUCGGAAACCCUUCAUCAGUGUUAGUGAAAAUGAUGUCCAGAUCAACAUAGCCUGUGAUAUACCACUGUCAGUCAGAGCUGCUUUCACCUGUAGUCUCUACACUGGGGAUGUUCUUCUGCACACACGAGUCUCUAAGAAAAGUUCGUCUGGAGAAUAUCAUCAUUGUAUGUUUUAUUUAACUCACAGUGAACUCUUCACACGAUCAGAGAACAGCAGAAAUCUGAGCUGUGAUUAUUACAUCAUCAACACUGAACCUGAGAUCAGAUCACCGCGCAGUGACACACGCACCAUCAGAGGUCUUCCUCAGGCCAAGUUAACAGCGUCUGCUUCAGUUAUUGAGGAAACAGACACAGUUCAGCUGAGCUGUGAGAAUACUGAAGAUAUGAAGAUGGAGAGCUGUGUCUUUAACAUCAAUGGAAGAGAAAGUAACUCAAAAGCGAGUUCAUCAUGUCAGCUCUCACUCACUGGAUCUCAGAUCAGUAUUUGGUCAGAAGGUCAGAGUUCAUCUGUGAGAAUAGCCUGCUUCUACACUGUGAACAAGUCACAAGUUCUCGUGCCAUCUCCUCACUCCGAUCCAGUGACAAUAUCAAUCCAGAUUACAACGCCAGCUGCACAUGUUACAACAACCAUGAAAACCUCUUCACCUUUAAUGUCCACUUCUAAAAAGUACAGUACAGCUGACUUAGUUUCCAAGUCAAAACUGCCAAAGAGCGAAACAAAGAAAACCACACUUUCAACGCCAGCUGCACAUGUUACAACAACCAUGAAAACCUCUUUACCGUUAAUGUCCACUUAUGAAACGUACAGCACAACUGUUUCCAAGUCAAAACUGCCAAACAGUGAAACAAAGAAAACCACACUUUCAACGCCAGCUGCACAUGUUACAACAACCAUGAAAACCUCUUUUCCUUUAAUGUCCACUUCUAAAAUGUACAGUACAGCUUACUUAGUUUCCAAGUCAAAACUGCCAAAGAGUGAAACAAAGAAAACCACACUUUUCACAACAACGUCCACUCAAAGAGCUUCACCGAUGGACACAAAAACAGCAAUAAUAGCUGCUAUAUCUACUACUGAAACCCCAACAUCCACCAGAACUGAUCCUCCUAAUGUUUACACUUCAACAGAUCAAACUGACUGUCCAAUCACACCACAGCAUCUACAAAACAAAGGCUUAUGGAUUAUAGUUCUGGUUUCCACUGGUGUUGGUGUCAUUUGUUCUGCACUCAUCUACUCAUGCUGGUUUGCAUGUAACAAAAGAAGACAUCGCAAUAAAACGAGCUCAAUAACAUCAGAUGUACCCAAUCAAGGAAUUGGUUUGAGUUGUUCUGGACCUGCAGAGACAUAUUCUCUGAUCACGUCUGUACCAGCUACAUCUCAGCCCAUCUCUGUAGGUGUUUUAGUCAAUAAACAACAGAAAGAGGAAAAUGCAACAGAAAAUGAGAAUGUUUACCACCUGUACUCCGUGAUUCCUGACAAACCAGUUCACUCAAAGGCAGGAGGAGAUCAAGUUUACAGUUUGGUGAAUCUCUGAUGAGCCUCUGUUGUACCAUUUAAGUAUUAUAUCCAUUAUAAAGUGUUAUCUUUAAUUGCAGAAUAUUAAAAAUAGUAUUACAAUUUUUUAACAAUCCCUGUCUGAUCCAUUUUUAAUUGGUGGCUCUUUUAAGGCUUGUCAGUAAACUGUCACCGCUAACAUCCUUUCAUUGAAAAAAUGUAUCAAUAUACAGAAGAAAUUGUUUACUUACAGUUUGCUGUCAGGUCCAAUCCGGUGUCAUCAAUCUUUUUUUACAGUCGUCGCAUCCAAUACAGUUGAUACUAGUUCAUAUUUCAGCAAAAGUUUUAGUGCUGACUCUCCAGUCGGUGCCUUCGUUUUUAAAAAACGCAGUAAAAUGCUCCUAACAAACAUAAUUCUUCGACCUGAUCCAGGGCGGCAAAAAUAAACCAUCCACUUGUUCCUGUGAAAGGUGUCCUUCUGAAGUCUGUACAGAAACGAAAAUGCUGUUUAAAGUUUCCAAGCAAUGUUCUUUUACUCGUCCUUGUCAGUAGCGCAUGAAGUAGGCUACAUCCUAAAUGUAAAGGGUAAACUAUCUGUAUAUUGUCUCUAUUUACUGUAGACAGCUGAGCUGUUGUAAAAUGGCUUCCAUUUGCUUUUGACACGACGAGAGCGUCGUUAGUGUCUCGUGACGACAGGUGUCAGCUGAGAGAGUUAGCGCCAGUGGGCGGGGCCUGGUCCGAUUAUGUAAACCGAUCACACAAUAUCAUAAUUAGAUUGAAUUAAUGUUUUUUUUUUUAAUACUGAAUACGUUUAGGCUAUGAAACAAAAAUCUAAUUUAAUGUAAUCUUAUCAUGCCAUCUUGACCCUUUAACUGUAAAAGACCCUUGACCCUUUGGAUAUAAAAACAAUGAAUUAUCAUAGAUUAUCAUGAAUUUUAUGUAUUUAUGGUGAAAAACAGUAAAAGGACAAGUCCCUGAGUGACAUCUCUUACGAUUAGGCCUGUGUUUUAUUUUAUAUAGAUUUUCUUGUUAAUUUUGCUAUGAAUAAUGUACAUUUAAGAUGUUUUUGUGUUGCAUUGUGUUGUGUUGUUAUUUAGUAAAUAUUUAUUGCAUUGUUUUAGUGUAUUUGUGUGCAUGACCUUGUGCACCAUUUAAACAUAUUGUAUUGGCUUAUGGACAGGCCGCUCUGAUUCUGAUUCAUUGUAAUAUAAUUGUGGUUAUAAGUAGUAUUUGUGGAACAUUAAUAAAGUAGAGCGUUUAUGAUAUGUCAUGUUAUGCUGUAUUGUUUUUGCUGGUUCAGUGGCGACCUCUACUGGUAAAACUCUGAAAACAGGUACAAAUUCUACACAUCCUCCCAGGUGGAAACAUCUCUAUUAUGCUUUUCUUCACUUGU